AUGAGUGAUAGCAACGGUAUCGAAACCGCUGAUGCGGAUCAGCGUUCUGCAGCAGGGCGGGAAAAUCCAAUGAAGGGCGACAUAGCUGACGAAGGCUAUGAGCUAUUUCAGGACUCUACGCCUGAGGUCUCACAAGAUGCAUCCGAAGCCGUUCGUCGUAAGAUCGAUCUCCACUUGCUCCCCCUCAUGUGUGCACUGUAUGGUCUCAACUAUGUCGACAAGGUCGCGAACGGUUGGGCGGUGCUGUUCGACUUGAGGGCUGACCUCGGCCUUGUUGGAACCGAGUAUGCUUGGGCUAGCUCCAUGUUCUACUUCGGCUAUCUGGUUGCCCAAUAUCCUGCCAACUACAUCUUGCAGCGAUACCAAACUGCAAGAGUAUUGAGUAUAUCUGUUAUCACCUGGGGAAUACUGAUGCUAGGCCAUCUGGGGCUGAAAAACUUUGCCGGCUUCAUGGUUAUUCGCUUUCUUCUCGGCGUUGCCGAGUCAGUUGUCACUCCUGGAUUUGUGCUGUACACAUCAAUGUUCUAUACGCGGAAGGAGCAGGUGAUGCGGACUAUGCUAUGGGCGGCCAUGCAAGGAGCAUUUAGCAUCGUCACAGCGCUGAUGUCGUACGGGCUGGGGCACAUUACGAACACAGCCCUCAGACCUUGGAUGUACAUUUUCCUCGUUCUGGGCCUCCUAAGUCUCCUGGUCGGGUUUGGUUGGCUCUUUUUAAUGCCGCAAACUCCCAACAAAGCCAGGUUUCUUUCCCCAGAGGAGCGAGUGAUCGCAGUCCAACGUGUUGCAGGAAACAUGAUGGGAAUCAAGGGUUACCAGUGGAAGAAUUACCAAAUGUGGCAUGCCCUCAUUGACCCGAAGGUCUGGCUAAUUCUUGCGUUCGUUUUCUUCACGCAGCUACCAAAUGGGGGACUUACGAGUUUUGGUUCAUUGGUUAUAUCUGGGUUCGGAUUUGAUUCGUUCAAGACCUUGCUUAUCGGGCUACCAUCCAGCGUUGUCAGUGCAGGUAGCAUGAUUGUAUGGGGAACAUUUUCGAUCAAAUAUGGCAAUCUGCGGACCUGGGGCAUGAUCUUGCCACUCCUGCCAGCCAUCGCUGGCAUCGCAGCUGUAUACGGUACGAUGGACACUGGGUCUAAUAAGUAUGGAAGGGUGGUCGCCUACUGGCUUAUCAAUUCGUACGCAGUGACAUGGCCUUUCGUCCUCACCAUAAUUGGUCAGGAUAUCGCGGGACACACCAAACGGGCAUUUACGAACACGCUGAUGCUGAUUCUAUUCGCAACUGGCAAUAUUGCUGGCCCCUUUUUCUUCCGGAACCAAGAUGCCCCGAAGUAUGUGCUAGCGAUAGCGAGCAUACUUGUCUUCUUCUGUGUCUCUCUCCUUUGUGCGGUAAUACUGCGAUUCUACAUGAUCUGGGAAAAUAGGAGAAGAGACCGGGUUUAUGGAGCUGUGAACACUACUGAGGCUAAGGUAGAUGGCAUGAGGACUGGCAUGCAUGACAAGACAGACCAGGAAAACACAGAUUUUAGAUAUGUCUUAUAA